UUUGUGUUAAAAGUGAAAGUGUUUGUGAUCCAGCAGAGAUGGCGCAGAAAACACUCGACCAAGAAGCCUUUUCCUGCUCCGUGUGUUUGGAUCUACUGAAGGAUCCUGUGACUAUUCCCUGUGGACACAGCUACUGCAGGAACUGUGUCCAACAGCACUGGGACCAAGAGGACGUCAAGCAGCUCUACAGUUGUCCUGAAUGUCGCCACAGCUUCAGCCCCAGGCCUGUCCUGGUUAAAAACAUCAUGUUAGCAGCUGUAGUAGAGCAGAUAAAGAAGACAGCGCCCCCUGCUGACCGCUGCUAUGCCGGACCUCAGGAUGUGUCCUGUGAUGUGUGCACUGGGAGGAAGCUGAGAGCUGUCCAGUCCUGUCUGCAGUGUGUGGCCUCUAACUGUGAGCGCCACCUACAGCCUCAUCAUGAAGCUGCAGCGUUACAGAAACACCAGCUGGUGGCACCGUCUCACAGGAUCCAGGAAAACAUCUGUACUCAACAUGACAAAGUGAUGGAUCUAUUCUGCCACAGAGACCAGCAGCUGCUCUGCUCCUCCUGCUCUGUGGACCAACAUAAGGGUCAUGACAUAGUGACCUCUGCCUCAGAGAGGGCUCAGAGGCAGGCAGACACCAUUCACACAGGGAACCAGAGCUACUUGAAGGAAGUGACCAGACCUGUGUCCAAGCUCAGAGACACACUCCAGCUCACUCUGAGUCCAGUCCAGGUUUUACUGGCACCAGCUGAACCCAGCUCCAGAGACGACUUCUUACAAUAUUCUACAGAAAUCACUCUGGACCCAAACACAGCUCAUACAUGGAUGUCUCUGUGUGAUGGAAACACAAGAGCAACAGUUAUGAGUGAACCCCAGAGUUAUCCAGAUCAUCCAGACAGAUUCAGUCAGUGGUGUCAGGUCUUGAGCAGAGAGAGUCUGACGGGUCGCUGUUACUGGGAGGUGGAGUGGAAUGUGGGGCUGGCUCGUGUUGCAGUUUCAUACAGAGAUAUUCAGAGGAAAGAAUACUCUAAAGAAUGUUUAUUUGGAAACAAUGAUAAAUCCUGGGCUUUACAAUGUUAUUCCAACAAUUAUUCAUUUUGGUUUGACAAAGUCGAGUCUCAGGUCUCAGGUCAGGUCUCAGAUCCUGCCAGGCCCAGAAUCGGGGUUUACCUGGACCACAGUGCAGGGGUUUUGGCGUUUUACAGCGUCUCUGGACGUACUAUGAGCCUCGUCCACAGAGUCCAAACCAGGUUCACUCAGCCUCUCUAUGCUGGACUCUGGAUUUAUAAUACUGAGAACACUGCAUGUUUCCUAAAAGUCAAAUAGAAGCUUUGUUCUUCACAAUUUGGGCUCAGUUUUGUGACUUUUACUUUGAACGACUGUAUAUACGUAAAACUUUAUCAUUCUUUACAAGGCGUGUUAAAGAAUCUAUACCUAAACACUAAUCCAAAUCCAGGACUAAUAUCAAAACCAGAUACUAAUUUGAACAAUUACUGACUCUGGAAAAAAAACACAAAACAAAACAAAAAAAACAAAACAAAAACAUAUACAUAUAUAAGAGAAAAAAAUACCGUUGGUCUAUAUCAGAACAAAGAAAAUGUUAUUAUAUUAAUUAUAUUCUGUCCAAAGACUUUAUUAUCUAAAUGAAAAAAAUGUUCCUCUGCUUCAAAUCAAAAGUUUGGCCUUGUGUAUAAGAUGAACUCUUAGCUACAUUACUGUUCACACUAUAAUCAUUUAUACUGUUACUGGUUUUUUUGAACUUUCUUUCACUUCAAAUGUUCUUCUGUAAACUUCAUGUGUGUUUGACUUUUUGCUCGAUCAUUAUGUAAAAAGUGAUUUUCUUAUGUCAUGUAAAACUCCAGCAGUGUGUUUCUGUCUGUGAUGAAACUUUUGACAUGAGUUGAAUGAAAGUGUAAAGGUGUUUAAACAAUUCUGAUCAUCUUUACACUGGAAUUUUGAAACCACAAAUACAUUUGUAAACACUAAAU